GGCGCGGGGCCUUUUGUUCCAAGUGGCUCCGCCACUGUCGACAGUCUUUCUGGAAUCUAAUUCGCAUGAUAAACCCUUUCGCAGUGACGCCAUUGCUUCUGCUAGUCUCCCACUAAAAGUCCCCAGUUUUUCAGAAGAAGACGCUAAAACCUUCAUUUCAUGGCUACUCAUACCUCUCUUAUUGCCUGGGGCUCAGGUGAAGAUGGGCAAUUAGGAAUAGGAAAUAAUGAGGAGAAAGAAUGGGUCUGCGUUGUCAAAGCUCUUGAGCCCUAUAAAGUCCGCUCCGUUGUUGCUGGCAGUCGCAACUCUCUUGCUAUUUGCGACGACGGGAAGCUGUUUACGUGGGGUUGGAAUCAGAGAGGGACGCUAGGGCACCCACCUGAGACCAAGACUGAGAACGUUCCUAGCCAAGUCAAGGCUCUUGCCAAUGCUAACAUUGUUCAGGCCGCUAUUGGGGGCUGGCAUUGCUUGGCUGUUGAUGAUCAAGGCCGUGCCUACGCCUGGGGUGGAAAUGAGUAUGGGCAAUGCGGUGAAGAACCUGAAAGGAAAGAUGGCACUGGGAGGCCAUUGAGACGGGAUAUAGUGAUUCCUCAGCGCUGUGCACCUAAGCUUGUUGUUCGCCAGGUAGCUGCUGGGGGUACUCAUUCUGUGGUGCUUACACGUGAAGGUUAUGUAUGGACCUGGGGUCAACCAUGGCCUCCUGGAGACAUAAAACAGAUAUCUGUCCCUGUGCGGGUGCAAGGCCUUGAAAGGGUGAAGCUCAUUGCAGUGGGGGCAUUUCAUAAUUUAGCUCUUCAAGGAGAUGGAACUUUGUGGGCAUGGGGUAAUAAUGAAUAUGGACAACUUGGAACAGGGGAUACCCAGCCCAGAUCACAACCUAUUCCAGUCCAAGGGCUCUCUGAUCUCACUUUGGUUGAUAUUGCUGCUGGUGGAUGGCAUUCUACUGCACUAACUGAUGAUGGAGAGGUUUAUGGGUGGGGCAGAGGGGAACAUGGGAGACUUGGAUUUGGAGAUAAUGACAAGAGCAGUAAAAUGGUGCCUCAAAAAGUUCAUCUUCUAGCUGGGAAAAAAAUUGUUCAGGUAUCCUGCGGUGGGACUCAUUCAGUUGCGUUGACUCAUGAUGGACAAAUAUUUUCAUUUGGUCGAGGUGACCAUGGACGGCUUGGAUAUGGGAGGAAGGUGACAACAGGUCAACCAAUGGAAGUGCCAAUUGAUAUCCCCCCUCCCAGUAAUCUUAGCGGCAGUGAAGCUGAGGGACAUUGGAAAGCUAAACUUGUUGCUUGUGGGGGACGCCAUACUCUAGCAAUAGUGGAGUGGCAACAGACUGAUGGAUCAAAAUAAUUAUAAAAUAUUUUUAUUACCUUACCUUUUGUUAAUGUCUGAUUUUGUACAACUAGACAGUUGAGAUAAACUUGUAACAACAUUACUAUACGGAAAACAAUUUCUCUUCGUUUUUCUAGUGA